AUGUCCAACGACGUCGUCGCCUCUCUCCUCGGCCCGCGCCGGUUCGACGCCGACGGCGUCCACUUCAACGACCCGGACGACCCGGAGCUCACGGCGAGGUACAUCCUGUGCGUCGACGCCAUCAACUUCUGCUUCUGGCCCGACCACGAAGCCAUCAGGGACGCCAAGGCGCAGAGGGACAAGUGGGCCAAGUACCCGUACGAACACGUCGCGGGUGGUUUACGCAAAGCGCUCGAAGCCGAUCGGGGCGCGCUGGACGCCAAACGACUGACGGGCAUCGACGGACCGAAACUUCGGCAGAUGCUCGGGUGGCCGAGGCCGCUCCCGCUGGAAGACGAGCGCGCGAGGCUGCUGCGAGAAAUCGGCCAGGGGCUCAUCAACCACUUCGGCGGGAGCGCCGCGCGGCUCAUCAACGCGGCCAACGGACGAGCCGACGUCCUCGUCGAUCUCGUCGUUAGAAUCUUCGGAGGCUUUCGAGACGUUGCCAUCGACCCGCGCGAUGGGUCGCAGGUUUUCCUGUACAAGCGCGCGCAGAUCUUCGUCGGGGACCUGUGGGGCCGGUUCAACGGCCGCGGGCUCGGGAGAUUCGACGAGAGCAUCAAGGAGCUCACGAUGUUUGCCGACUACCGCGUGCCCGUCGUGUUGCGAAACAUGGGCAUCUUAAAGUACGAACCCAACCUGGCUCGCAAGGUGGACCAGCACAACUUCAGCACGGCGGACAUCGUGCCCGCCGGAAGCGCCGAGGAGGUGGACGUCAGGGCGUGCACGGUGCAGGCGGUCGAGCGGAUGCGCAGGGCGCUCGAGGAGAGGAUCGAGAAGGAGCCCGAGCUCAACCCGACGAUCCCGGGGGAGGUUGACGAAAAGUUUGUGACGUCGGUGGCGCUGGACUGGUUCCUGUGGACGGAAGGCGAGCGGCAGAGGGACGACGCGGGCGCGGGGAAGCACCACAGGACCCUCACGGUGUUCUACUGA